GGCGCCAUGGGCGGGGAGGAGGAGAUCGUGCGCAUCGCCAAGCGCCUCGAUAAGAUGGUGGCCAAGAAGAGCGCGGAUGGUGCAAUGGAUUUACUGAAGGAGCUGAAAAGUAUGCCCAUGACUCUGGAUUUAUUGCAGUCCACCCGGAUCGGGAUGUCUGUGAAUGCCUUGCGGAAGCAGAGCACUGAUGAAGAAGUGAUAUCGCUUGCCAAAUCGCUCAUCAAGUCCUGGAAAAAGCUUCUCGAUGCAUCAGAGGAAAAAAGUGAGGAGAAGAAGAAGAACCUUUCCUUGCCAACCUCUUCCUCAAAGGAAAGCGGCAACUCAAGAGACCAAAGCUCCAACAAAAGGCAGGAUGCGCCGAAGACACCGACCACCCCCAAAAUCACCACCUUCCCUCCGGUGCCUGUCACCUGCGAUGCUGUCCGCAACAAAUGCAGAGAGAUGCUGACUUCUGCUCUGCAGAGUGACAGUGACCACGUCGCCAUCGGGGCGGACUGUGAGCAUCUCGCCGCCCAGAUUGAAGAAUGUAUAUACCAAGAUGUCAAGAACACUGACAUGAAGUACAAGAACCGGGUGAGGAGCCGCAUCUCCAACCUGAAGGACUCCAAGAACCCCGAGCUGAGGAAGAAUGUGCUGUGCGGGGCAAUCACCCCAGAGCAGAUUGCUGUGAUGACCUCGGAGGAAAUGGCCAGUAACGAGCUGAAGGAGAUCAGGAAGGCUAUGACGAAAGAGGCAAUCCGGGAGCACCAGAUGGCCAAGACGGGUGGCACUCAGACCGACCUCUUCACUUGUGGCAAAUGCAAGAAGAAGAACUGCACUUACACUCAGGUGCAGACACGCAGCUCCGACGAGCCCAUGACCACCUUUGUCGUGUGUAACGAGUGUGGGAACCGCUGGAAGCCGGCGUGGCCUCAUUCGCAGCAAGUCUGAUCUCUUGCAGUUCUGCUGAGACAUCUUGGAACCCGACCGCGGCAGCCGAACGCGGCCCAGAACAAACCGUGCAUUCUCCAGCUUCUCCGGCAAUUGUGUAUCGUAUCCCAAGUGAGUUUCCUUUGUGUCACGCACCAAGCGCAUUGUCCGAGGGAGGCCUGGCCCCUUUCUGUGCGGCAGUGGCGAGCGGCCCCUGGCGGGGCAGGCAUUUAGCAGGAGAGUUCACUACCCCCUUUCGUCUUUUAUUUUCUCAUCAAAGAAAAGCAUUGCCAUUCUUUCCAAACAGUAUUAAACAUUAUUUUUUUUGCCAGUUCUGAGUUUGCUGCUUGCUGCACUUGGCAUUAGCUGCACCAGAGUUUAGUGUCAGCGAUGGGAGCUGCUGGGGUGCUGUGGCUUCUGGCUGUACGGGCUCUUGCUGGUGGGAUAGUCAGACCCAGUGAGCAUCUGAACCUUGAUCAAAAAUGGGGUUAGGGGUUUCAGCCUCAGCUCUCUGAUCUGGGCUCCAAAUCAGCUGUACAAAAUGCCCAGGCAGUUUUACCGACGUUGCCCUUUCCUGGAGAUUUCUCUGUGAUUGGAAACGCACAGACUUUUGUUUUUCAUUGGUUCAAAGAAUCGGAAACCACUGGGCCAGAUCCUACAGCUGCUUGCCAAGCAAAAUUGCAGCUGUGGCUAAUGGAGGCUUUGCUCAAGUGCCCACUGCAGGAUUUAGACCAGUUGAUUACAUGCAGUGGGACGUGGGGAGAGCAGGGGCAGGUCUCCGGCCUCUGAGUUCAGCUGGAAGUCAGCCGUGUUACUCAGAAGUGAUACCAGUAUGGCUGAGGGUGUUGCAUUUGUGAGAUGCCUGUGAUCUUGUCUGGUAUUUGAAAGCAUUGGGCGGGAGGGUUGCUGUAAAGACAAAUAAAGAACAUGUAGUUUGUGAAGUCACUGAUGUUGCAGUGAAGAUGCUAUCAUGUUUUGCUUUCUGAUGGAGAGGGGAAAAGAGUUCUGAUAACCCAUGAAAGCAGUAGGUGGAGAGACCGGCUUGUCAUUCAGGUGAACCUGUAACAUAGGUAGAUUCCUCUAACCUGCAAAGUCACAGAGGACCCUCUAGCCAGCAGAGUCUGCCCAGGGAAUGGAGCCAGGCACCGCAUUUCAGGAUGGAAAGGCCAGCGCUGAGUCUGCGAUUGAUUGAACCUCAAAGCAGGGAGAGGAAGGAGUUCUGCAAUGACCUCCAUGUGCACAGGGGCUUUGCCCUUCUGUACAGGCCUGCAGCCCCCACUGCCUGCCCUCAAGGCUCAGAGAGAAAACGAGAUUUUCCGGAGGUCUUGACACAUAGAAAUUCCCAGCUGAGGCUGAUGAGAAGCUCUGGGUGUUGAAAGCCUGUGAGAACCUGGUCAUUCCCUUUAUUGCUCUGUGGUUUUUCUUCAGCUCGGCUUCAGAAGCAAAACCGUGGGUCAGGCUGGACGUGGAGAGGGAGGUGAGCUACCAGGGACAAUCAUAAGUCUUAGCAUCCAAUUCUACCAAGUGCUUGUAAGCCUUUAGCACAUUCAGUAUCUCCAGAUUAACCCCAGGAAGCAGCACCCAGAAGCAGCGAGCUGAGGAAGAAUGGAGCAGGUGAUGGUUCAAGCUCCAGGACUGUGCUACAGACACGAUGGCACUGGGGACCUCGGGGAUGGGAACCUGGUGGGCCAGGGCUUCCCUGCAGUAAAGCAGAGGAGAACUUGGCCUGGUCCUCUUGUGGCUGUCUGCACAUUGAACAGGGGAGGAAAGGUGUGGGAGGGUGGGUGCUUCCUAUCAAGGUUAGGACAGCUUUGGAACAAGUCCCUUGAACCCCUGGGGCUGUUGCAGAUCAGCUCCAGAUCAGACUUGCAGAUCAGGUGUUCCAGAUCAGAUCUCAUUUGCAAAAGGUCUUUGCAAUCCACUCACCCCCUUGGACGGCGACCUCCCUGCACCGAGAGGGAGAAGCCCCAUGGCUUUUCCUCCAGCCGGUGGGACCAGAUGGAUAUUGGAGCCUGGGACAUGUAGCACAUUCCUCACUGCUUGGAGCUCUCCUGAGUGGCUCGUGCAGUCGCAAGGAAAGCUCCUCUUCAUGGCUUUCCCCAGCCGGUAGCAUGAGGGAGGAUUGCUGGCUCAGGGCCCACGCCUCAUGGGAGGCAGCCAAGUCCCCUGAGAACAAGAAGAUUGCAGGAGACACGUCGCUCCCUGCAGACGUCCUGGCACCGGAGCAGCAGUGGCACCGUCAUCCUAGCUGUUGGUGUCUCAUGGAGGCGCGUGGGCACUUUGCAGCCAACACCCUGAAGACAGAGUGAGCCCACCAGAUGCCAGCUGCUGUUGCGUGGCCCCUCGUACCUCCCCAAGGCUGUGCUGUGAGAUAGAUGGGCAUGGUUCCCAGGUGCGAGUAACCAAGGCUGCUAACCACGCAGUCGAGAUUCGUGAGCUAAAAAAUUGCUUCUGUGCAGGCAUUCCCCUUCCCACCCCCAAGGGGAUUGGCUCUGAUGGGUGGCAGAUUGGUGGAGCUGUCUACACCCUAAUCAGCUGGUUCCCUUCCAAGCCUGUGAUCCAAAAGAAAACCUUGGCAUUGGACUUGUCAUCUUCUCUUAACGUCUGGGAUAUGACCAAGCCCACACAGAUAGGGCUGCGUGUAAGGAAAACCAUCAAUUAAAAGCAUUCCAGCAGCCAGGGGCAUUGCGUGACUCACUCGUAAGAUGCUGAAACGCAUGGUUAAUAAUAAGCAUGAGACCAGAUAGGUUAGCUCGCUAUAACGGAGAUGCGAUCGGCAGAGGCAGCGAGGCUGAAGGCAAUGCAGACCAAUGCUGCUUGGGGCCCUGUGCUUUCCAGAGGCCUUUGCUUACGAUCAUCACUGUCCUGCAGAAUCCAAGUGUUUCGGUGGGGAGGGAGGGGCACAGACAGCUCAGCAUCCUUCUAAGCCUCCUGCCUCUGAUAUAGGACCAGGAGCCCUCUGGUCACGACAUCCACGCGUGGGCAGGCUGGCUCAGCAAAGCUGGGCAUAUUCACACUUCCCCUUUCUAGGUCCAUAUGGGGCUUUCACUCAAUCUCCCAGAAAUGCUACCGGAGCAGAGGGCUGUUUUCUCCGACACCCAGCAUGGAGUCCUUCCAGCCCAUGAAGGCAUGUCGGAGCCAAAUUCAGUCUGUCUUGAUGUGUGCGCACAGAUCCUAGAGAAGCCAAACAGGGCUGCCUGUGGGGAACCAGCCAGGUGCUAUAAAGGGCUGGGGGAAUUUACUUCCAUCUCCUGCACGGGGGAGGCCCUGCAGAGGCUGUUUCCACCUACAUGGAACACUUUUAUUUUCUUCUCUUGGGUUGAAAAAGUGCUGCCACAUUCCCUCUCUUGACCCCGAAUUGCUUCUGCCCACGGGGUACAGGCCACGAAUGCAGCUGCUUUUGGUGGUAGCCUUUUAGCAUACACCGCAUGCUCUUGACAUGCACCUGCCUCUGGCUUUUCUGCUCAGAUGUCCCCUGGCUAUCCUCUCCUCCACCUAAACUCUGCAUGCAGUGGCCUAAUUUCCUCCUUCAGCAGGGCUGGCAGGCAGGAAUCCUAGCACCGCCUUUCUGAUGAUUCGGGACAGAUGAAAGCACCUGGGGCCUUACCCUGACAAUGCAUGUGCUGUUGCCCGACUUGGGUCAGCCAGCAGUGUUGGCGUGCUACUGAUGCACCCUUCCAUAGCGCCCCCAGCACACAAAGCUAUGCCUGCUGAUGAUAGUUCACAGUAUUGCCAACUUGAUAGGGGAUGGGUGUGCAUGCAGCUCCACCAACCCGACCCAUCUUAUGUAUGAAAGAAAGGGUGAAGUUUUUCACAUUCCUGAACUGUAGACUUUAAGAACGACGCCAAAAAUCACGAGUUGGUAAUACUGAGUCCAGGCUAUCACGAUGGGAAUCUUGCAGGGUUUGGCCUGGGGGGUCUCCAGCUUCCCUUCACCCACCAGCACAAUCCCUGCAGCUUCUUGCAAAGUGGAGGCAGUCGGUCCUGCUGGGAGGGGAGCGUCACCCGCGCAUCUCUAUCUGCUGUAGGGUGGAGGUGACAGCGUUCCUACCUAAACCAGCCUGGUCUCCUCCUUAAGAAUAGGCUUCUUUUUGGCACUGUACGUCCAGCUUGUGGAAAGGGAACUAACCUUACUGCAACACACCUGGUCCCGCGAAACAAAGAAUACAAGAGAGGAGACAGUUUUUUUUUUCUCUUUUCUCUGGUUUGUUUAAAAAAUAUCUUCAAUAAAAAGAACCAGUGUCCCUAAA